AUGAUUGAGCAGCUGGCUUCGGUCUGGACAGGCAGUGUUCGCGCUGCUCCCUGCGAGACAGACCUGCGGCAGGUGGCCCGGGGCAGCGCCCUGAAGCUGUAUAGCAGCGUCCUCUACAAAGGCGAGCCCAAGGUAGGGCUGAUCAAAGCCGCGUAUGACGUGUCCUCCUUCGGCUUCUUCCAGAGGUCCAGUGUUCAGGAAUUCAUGACUUUCACAAGUCAAUUGAUUGUGGAGCGCUCGGCGAAGGGCAGCAGAGCUUCUGUCAAAGAACAAGAAUACCUGUGCCAUGUCUGUGUGUUGAAUGACGGUCUUGCAGGAGUGGUCAUCGCUGACAGUGAAUACCCGUUCCGGGUGGCUUUCACCUUGCUGGAGAAGGUACUAGACAAGUUCUCUAAGCAGGUCGGCAGGAUAGAGUGGCCAGUUGGAUGCCCUGCUACCAUCCAGUACACAGCCCUGGAUGGGCACCUCAGUGUGUACCAGAAUCCCCGAGAAACUGACCCCAUGAGUAAGGUGCAGGCUGAACUUGAUGAGACCAAGAUCAUCCUGCACAACACUAUGGAGUCUUUGCUGGAGUGGGGUGAGAAGCUGGACGACCUGGUUUCCAAACCGGAAAUGCUGGGGACACAGUCGAAAGUCUUCUGUAAGACUUCGUGCUUAUAGAAACAAAAAUCGUGCUGUGCCGUCAUGUGAGGCAGCCUGCAGAGG